AUUAUUAAUAGUACUUAUCAAACGAUCACUUGGUUAACUACAAUGAUUCAAUCAAUCACUAUUUUUUUCUAUUUAGUCUAACAUUAUAUUUAUUUAUUUUUCAACUAUAAGUUUUGUUAAACAAUACAAAUAUAUGUAAAAUAAAUUAUUGAAAACUUUGUUUUAGCCAUUAUCCGCGCGUAGCGCGGACAAAAGAUCUAGUAGUAAUAAUAAGGCUUGGGCUUUCUGGAUUUUAGGGUUUGUUUAAUCUCCUCAACCACUGUAUAUAUAUGUACACCUUAAUUAGGGUUUGUUCAAACAUCGAUAGCUCUCAAUAGUUCCAUCGCCUCGUUUUCAUCACGUCGAUUGGUGCCAAAGCCAUGCUAAUUACGUCUCUGUCAAGAGGAAUUUUGCACGGCUCUGAUACCAAUUGAUGCAAUGAAAACAUCGAUUUCGCUUGCUUCUGUAUUGUUUGUAUGUUUCAAAUAUGAGAUUUCCAAAGAGUAAGUUAAAGCUUCUCCAUUUAACUGCUUUAGUUUCUAACAUGGGUGUGGGUUUUAUUCAUAUUGGACUGCGUGGACAUUAUCAAGUAGCUGGCCUUUGAUCAAUUCUCUGCUCAAGAACAGUAUGAUGUGCAGUUGUGGCUUACAACCCAUACCUAUAAUGGCUUAACCGGUUUUUAUCUAUUAACCUUGCUUUUCUUAUCCGGGAAGGUGAAUUUAAGUCAUUGAUUUGUUGCAUUCAUUUGUAUGACAUUCAACAAUAAUUUUGAAAAAGUAGAAAUUAUACAAGAUUUUGAACCCACGUAUCAAUAUAUACAUACCUCAGGUAGUCAGGUGUAACAAUGGCUGAAUCGAAGUUCGCUUAUAUCCUUAUACACCUACUAGACAGUAUGUUCUCAAAACCUAUAAGAGCUUUUCGAAGAACAUCUUGACUUUUCUUCCAGUCUCAUGUUGUGUCUUGCAUUCUGUAAUACAAAUUAUGCAGAUGCAUAGCAAUGAACUUCAUAAAUGAACUCAGAUUUCCAUUCUUAAAGUCAUAUUCUCAAAUUUUAAAGUAUGAUCAGUCUUAAAUAUAUAUUUUUGGUCAAAAUCAUAGUGUAUUUAUUUUUAUAAACUAUACUUAACUUGUGUUGUAUGUAAAUUAAAUUUCUAUCACUUAUAAGUGACAGUAAAUAUUAUUUAGUUUUAAAAACUUGUUUGUUUUCUCUAAGUGAACAUCUUAGAAGAGGAAGAAGAAAGAUAAGAACCAAUGGCUCCCUUGCAGAACUUUGUGUUACUGGUUCUGUUAACAAUCACUCUUGGGUUGGUCACCGAAGCAGCUCAGAAACACCAAGCAAUACCAUCUGAAGAAGAGAAGAAUGAACUGGAGAGGCAACUCAAAGCUAUCAACAAACCUGCAAUCAAGAGUUUCAAGACAGAACAGGGUGACAUAUUUGACUGUAUCGAGAUUCACAAACAACUAGCCUUUGAUCACCCUCUGCUCAAAAACCAUUCUAUGAAGCCAAGAACUGUACCUGAAUGGAUCACAAGCAACAACAUUCCAAGUAAAGUCGAUUCCUUGUUGCUUCUGCCAGACGGCAUAAACUGUCCAGAUGGAACAGUAAUUGUUAAAAGGACUACAAUGCAAGAUCUUCUGCAUGCACAGCGUUUGAAAACAAUGGGGUUCAAUGGCCCAAGACAUUUUCUUACAGAGAAAAAUAACACUGAUGGAACUAGACAAUAUUAUGUUGCAACGGUUAACUAUGGACCUAAAAGUUUUACUGGAGUAAAAGGGCAUCUUAACCUGUGGGAACCACAAGUCUCACAAGACCAAAUCAGUCUUGCAUUCAUAGCAGUUGCUGGAGGGCCUAAAGAACGUUUCGCCAGCAUUUUUGUUGGGUGGAUGGUGAAUCCAUCCCUGUACCAUUUCUCGCAAGAUCAUGUUCGCUUAUACACCUACUGGAGUAUUGAAAGAAGCAAUCUUGGCUGCUACGAUAUAACAUGUCCUGGAUUUGUGCAAGUCAGCAAGAAUAUACCACUUGGUUCCUUUCUUCAACCACUUUCUGUCUAUAAUGGUUCACAAUAUGACAUAGACUUAACCUUGUAUCAGGAUCGUGUCAAGGGAGAUUGGUGGUUUGCAUAUAAUCAUGAGAACGUUGGAUACUGGCCAGCGUCAUUGUUCAAGGCCGCGAGAUUUGAGAACAGAGCAAAUUAUGCAGCUUGGGGAGGUCAAGUGUACAGUCCAUUGAUAGAGAAAACUCCAGAAAUGGGAAGUGGGCAUUGGCCUAGCGAGGGAUUAGGUAAAGCAGCCUAUGUGAACGAUAUCAGAAUCAUCGAUGGUAUGGGGAAUUUUGUGUAUCCAGAACCCUACAGUCUCAAGGAACACGAGACCAGUUCAAAGUGUUAUAGAGCAAUGUAUGUUCAUGAGGAUAGAGAUCCUUGGGUAAGAUCUCUUUACUAUGGAGGUCCUGCAGGAUGCAUAGGCUAAAGAUGUUUGAUCUGAAAAGUAACAAGAUAACUCUUAUAUAUAUUAUGAUUAUUAAAGUAUCAUGAAUCUUAACUUGUUUUGCAUACACUGAGAAAAUAUAAUCUUCACAACUUUCAGCAAUAACUUAAUGUUUCUGACUUCUAAGACUGCGAGUAAUGAAACUAUAGCCAAAGUGUAAAAUUUCACAGUCAAAUUUUUUUAAACUAUAGCCAAACGAUUAGGUGACCAGAAAUGUGAAUUCUACAGAUACACUUUCUUCUGAUAGAUAAUGGGGAUGAUUGGUAAGUGCUGUAGCUUUAUAUUUUUUGCUGUAGAAUUUAAUCUGUAGAUUUAUUUGCUGUAGCUUUCCUUGCUGUAGAUUUCUAAAGCACUAAUUUUUUGCUCUGGAAAUAAAGCUCUCUACAGCUAUAUUUUGAUUUUGCAGAGAUUUUUUUGCUGUGAGUUUUUUAAGAAAAGCAAAGCUUGAAUGAUUGAGAUAUAUAGCUGUAGACUAAAUUUUGGCUGUCCAGAGCAUCUACAGCCCCAACCAAUCAUCCCCAAUGUAUAUCUGAAAAGUUUGUUUUUGUUUAGAGAAAUAUACUCUGUGAUUAUAUAGCAAAACCCCUAAACUCUGAAGACAAGUAAAUAUAUAAUAUUAUGUCUGAAUUUCAAAGCUCUUUGCAGCUUCCUAACACCAAUUAAAUUUUCUGUUCUGUCUUCUCUCUCUCAAGUGAAUGGGGAUUCUCUAUGUCACCAAUCAUGGAAUCUCUAUAUAGAUAUAUGUUCGAUUAAAUCAAAGAGAUUGUCUUCCUAAAUUUUUAUAUAGAUAUCAUAUUUAUAUAGAUAUACUAGUGGCAAAAAAAUUCUUUUUCUCAUCUACCUCAACAGUUUUGUACAUUUAUAUGAAUCAUAUUUGUACAUUUGUAUUAGACAGUUAUCACCACAAUUUCACCAAUUAUAUUAAAUAUUUAAUUGGAGAAUCUUUCAACUUUUUUGAGAGAUUUCUCCAUUAAAUAUCAAUAUCUAUAUACUAUACUAAAAGUUGCAUAUAGUGAGCAAUUAGACUGUCCACAUCAUCAAAAAUAAUCGACCAAUCAGCUCAGUUCGUUUUUACACAUCAGAUGGGCUUCAGUCACAUCUAGGCUUCACAUUUUUCUUUCAUUUGCAGUGGGCUACGACAAACAUUUACUUUCAUAGUAUCUAUAAUAAUAUAUAAUAACUCUGCCACAUGAUAUUUAUGUAAUAUUGACUGUGACAUAUCUACAAACCUAUGCAUAUUGUAAAUUGACUACAUUUAUAUAAUACAAAUAUUCUAAUAUAGUCUGAUAAUUUGAUAUCAUCUUUCUUCUUUCUGUCAAAAUUCUGUGGGCUGGGUACGACAAACUUUUACUUCCGUAGUAUCUAUAAUAAUAUAUAAUAACUCUACCACAUGAUACUUAUGUAAUAUUGACUGUGACAUAUCUACAAACCUAUGCAUAUUGUAAAUUGACUGCAUUUAUAUAAUACAAAUAUUCUAAUGUAGUCUGAUAAUUUGAUAUCAUCUUUUUUCUUUCUGUCCAAAUUAUUUGUUUAUGUUAACAUCAAAUAACUAUGUUGGAGAAAUAUGUGAUGUGAUAUGAUUAUAUUGUAAACUAGGGUCGGCCCGCCCUACGGGCGGGAAAUUAGGAAUAAAAACUAUUUAUAUGAAUUUACAUUAAUUUUAUGAAGCAUUUUUUUAAAAAAAUUGUAGAUUGAAAACGAUAUUAUAAACAAAAAAUAAAUAAAUAGAAUUUGAAGAUCAUGCUGUUAUUUUUGAUUAAUAUUUUUGGACUGAAUUAAAAUAACAGUAACUUUCAUUAUCUAGGAAGAACAAUCUAAUAUAAUAAGAUUAGUGAUGUCCGCAUAUAAUUAUGCAAUGAUCAUGUCAAAAUAACAAUUGUUAAGGAAAAAUUUAUAUUAUCUAAGUCAAAAUAACAUUUUGUUACUGUGAGUAGCUUAUAUUAUCUAAGCCAAAAUAACAAUUGUUAUAUUUAUAAUAAUGUGAUACAAAUGUUAUUAAAACUAAUUAAUUUGAUUUUACCUAUAGCAGUUUGUUAUACAAAAAUAGUAAAUGUUUCGUUUUAUUAAUUUGUCUUUAAUUAUCUAAAAAUUUAUUAAAAAUAAUUACCGAACUAAUUUUUUUUAAAUGUAAUAUAUAUAUUUGUAAUUAAAACAUUAAACAUAUUAUAAAAACUAAAAAAAAAUAUUUAAACGUUUACAAAACCAUAAAACAUUUCCUUGUUUACCUAAACCAUCAAAACCUAUCAAAGAUACUAUCAAUCUACCACUAAUAACCCUUCACAAUCAUCCCUAACAUUUCUGCUCUUCCACCACCAUCAAGCUUCUCAUCUAUCUCUCUUCCCUCGCUUCUGAACCAACUCCAUCUCCUCUCUUCUAUCUUGCUCGACUCCAACUCCAUCUAAUGUCCCUGCCGCUAACUGCAGGUCAAAACACAAAUCUGCUCAGCCCAAUAUCAAACUCAGGUAAAAAAAAAUGCAGUAAGCACAGAUUCAAACGCACAAAUCUCACCCUGUCAAGGAGGUGUUAAAUAAUAAUUCAGCAACACGGGUUCCAGGAGCACCAAAGGACUUAGCCUCUGUCCAUUACAGUGAAGAAGUAGCAGGUUCCACAGUUUAGAAAUAAAGUUCCAGUAACCUAAAGUUACUAUAUUGCGAAGCAUGACUUCUCCAAAUAUAUUCGCAAAGUAAUAAAAUUACUAUACCAACCGCUCAACUCAACUAAGUGGAAGCUUAAGCAUUGAUCAACAAAAUAGCAUAAAAAGAAGAGAAAAUUACCAAAUCAAACCCCAUUUAUCCUCAGUGGAAAUAAAACUCCAUUCCAUGAUUAGCUGCUUCUUUAAUAGCCUGCAGCAGCUUGAAACCUAGCAGAUGCCAUCUGAGAAUUUUAUAAAAGUACAAACAUACACUUUCAGUCAAACAGAUGUUACUUCAAGUUCACUGGGAUUCCGAAUUUUACCAAGAAUGAAUCUACGGGCCUUGUAUGGCUGAGGGGACUGGUGAAGCAACAAUACGGUAGCUUCAGCAGCAGCUGGAUUAAUUAGUAUUUUAUCUGCUGGGGAGCAAGGAAGAAGCAAAACGUCUUCUUCUCCGUUGAGUCCCAGCGAGUCUCCGAUUUCGUCAUCUCCAUAAUCAUCUUCCUCCUCACUUAGUUGACCAGAUCUAAAAUACAUACUCACUACCACUUCCACCACCGAUCGAUUGCGUUGUUGGUUUGAUUGGAACCGGACAUCUCCUUGAGAAGCCUCUGGAAGGCCCACUCCGAUUGGCUUCGAGUCAUCCCGGCCACCGUGGUAUGCGCUGGUGAAGGUACAGAUUCCAGUGAAGAAACUUCCGGGAAAGGGAAGGAGGUGAAGACGCCUAGAAACAGAGGCAUAGA